AUAUAUUCAUGGUCAAGUGUCCUCCAAACACCAUCACUUGCAGCAUCACAAACAAAGCAUUGCAAACUCAAUUCAGAGCUCUCCAGCUUCCAGCCAGAGAGAAGAAAGAACUGACCAUGAUCAGUGCCAAGAGGAUUGCUCAGCUGGCCAAGAAGUGGCAGAGGAUGGUAGCACUUGGGAGGAAGAGGCUCAAUUGGGGAACGGCAAAGGAAACCGAUGAGUGCUGCGCCUCUGUGGCGGGCAAGGGCUACUGCGUGAUGUACACUACCGACAGGAAGCGGUACGAGGUUCCACUGGCGUACCUCUGCACACCCGUCUUCGGGGAGCUCCUGCGGAUGUCCCAGGAGGAAUUUGGCUUCGCAAGUGAUGGGCGGAUCACGCUCCCUUGUGAUGCUGCAACCAUGGAGUACGCCAUGUGCCUGCUCAGAAGAAGCAUCUCUGCAGAGGUAGAGAAGGCAUUCCUGAGCACCAUGGCAGUGCCAUGCCACUAUGCAAGCUGUGUGGAACCAUCUGUAGGGGUUAGUCAGCAGGUUGCUGUUUGCAGCUCCUAAAUGUAUGUAAAGUAGAUCGGUAUAGGAUGUAGGAAACAGAAACUGCUCUCAGAGCCCUUUGAUCCUGUGAGCAAUCAAGGAAGAUGGCAAAGUAGCAAGUUAGAGCCAUUAUCCUUGUUCUUUGUAAAUAUGCUUCACUGUAUUGAUAAAU